CUGAUUCACUCCGUCGUGGCUCGACCUGGCUCCUUUGGUGACACUGAGACUGAGCUUUUUCCUGUCGUUUUGCCUUCUAGGCUUGCUGGGGUUCAUCCUCGCCGAAUCCCCAUUCUGCACUUUAUCAUCACGCCUUGGAGUUGCGGGGUCUUCCAUCUCCCGUAGCUGGCGUGGGGUCGAACCCUGCCUUAGAGUGCUUGAGGAUACACUGCCGCUCUUGCGAUCUCCUCGCCCCUACCAUUGGUAUAUCAAUCACCCACUGUGCUCAGGCACUCAUUUGAGCUGCCCCCCUUUUGCCAGCGCAGCAAACCAUCACUCGACUUGACGCAGCUCCAUCGAGGAUGAUGCAGUUGGCUGCUGCUUCAGUCGAUUUUGUCUUCUGUUUUCUGGAAGAGGAGUUCAAUUGUGGGUUGUGUGGACGCCCACUCGAAACCUGAGGGUCUGGAGGUUGAGAAAUAUCUUACAGAGUCUUGUCCAAUUUGCUUUUGGCUGGAAUGUAUACGAGAAGCAGUUUGUUAGAGAGCUGGUUGGAGGGGGGGGGGGGGGGGGGGGGGGAGAGAGUGUGAGUGAGUUGGCGAUGUCCUGGAAGGAGUUCGGUUCCAGUGUAGAAUCAAGACACGACGUACACUCGACGUGUGUGGCUAUUCAUCUAUCAGUUCUUAGGAUUCCACGAUGUUCUCGUACGCAAUUUUUAACCGCACCCGUUUACGACGAAAAGAUUUAGCUUGAUAUAUUCACUUAGUUACAAGGGCAUAGGACAAUCUGCCAGAGGCGGCGUUGUGUUCUUUGAAAACUCGGCUUCUAGGGAGUAGUGGUCGGGUGUAUAAUGGAGGAGCCAUCCUUGUUGGACGCUCACAACGUGCGCGUUGUAGGAAUGGGUUCGGAGCUCGUGGUUCUGGGCCACGGAUUCGGCACGGAUCAGUCGGUGUGGAAGCAUGUAAUUCCGCAUCUCGUCGACGAUUACCGUGUAAUUCUGUUUGACAACAUGGGGGCUGGAACCACGGACCCCGAAUUUUUCAGCUUCUCGAGAUACUCUACCCUUCACGGUUACGCGGAUGAUCUUUUGUCGAUUCUGGAGGAGCUUGAGGUUGAGUCUUGUAUCUACGUUGGACAUUCGGUGGCCGGUAUGGUUGGUUGUCUCGCAUCGCUUGAAAGGCCGGAAAUCUUCACCAAGAUUAUCACUCUCUCGGCUUCUCCAAGGUAUCUGAACGACCGGGACUAUUUCGGAGGAUUUGAACAAGACGACCUGAACCAACUGUUCGAAGCGAUGCAGUCGAAUUUCAAAGCCUGGGUUUCUGGAUUUGCUCCACUCGCUGUAGGAUCAGACAUAGAUUCCAUGGCAGUUCAGGAGUUCGGACGCACACUUUUCAACAUCCGACCUGACAUAGCUUUCAGUGUGGCGAAGACCAUCUUCCAAAGCGAUCUGAGAAUAAUGCUUCCAAAAGUAACAGUCCCUUGCCACAUUUUGCAAAGCAGUAAGGACCUGGCAGUGCCCUUGGUAGUCGCGGAUUAUCUCCAUCAUGCUCUUGGAGGCCCCACGAUUGUCGAGGUGUUGCCGACCGAGGGCCAUUUGCCUCAGCUCAGUUCCCCCGACAUCAUUAUUCCCGUACUGAAACGCCACCUCGCUGGAAGUCUAUAAGCAUAUCCAUUGGAAUCGAUACAUGGCAACUCCGAAGAGACGAUUUGCGAAAGAUGCUUUUUAAUGCAGAUCAAGGGAAUCAACUGAGCGGGUACGGGUCGUCACCACGGAGACCCUCGCUUCCGCUCAAUCCUCUGCUUAGUAACCAGAACCAUCACGUACGUAUUCCAGUAAGUUUAACAUCACCGUGCGUCAACGGAAGCGCUCCGUAGAUGCUCUUCAUAUAUAAGACCACAUCUGCGCUCCGCAGAUGCCCAUUUAUCGUUCCAUACGAUACGCGACGGCGCGAAGAAUUGUCAACUCACGUCGGUUUCUUGGGAGAGAUGUCUGUUCAUCUUGCUUUAGAGGCUCACGUGCUUGGCGGCGGUUUCUAAAAUCCUGCGCACCUGCAAAUCAGUUGCAGGUUGUAGUAAGUAGGUGUACAAGUGAUGUCGCUGUGAUCGAAGAUUUGAUCAUAAUUUUUCAAAGGGAUCAUGACCGACUGUCUCGGGUUUUCGAAGUCUUUGGAGCCGCAUUAAGCAGCUAGGCUUUGGCACGACCAACCUUACGUGAGGCAGAUUCAGUGUAGGCUUACUCCUCUCUGCUGUACCUUACUUUUUUGUGUGGGAAGUAGAUGAUUGCUUCCCAUUGAUGUACAUCAAUCACGCAUGUUAACUCUAGUAAAAGAGUUCUACAACAAUUUCCUGUUCA